AUGCCCAUCCUCAAGCAACUGGUGUCCAGCUCGAUGCACUCCAAGCGCCGCUCGCGGGUGGACCUCACGGCCGAGAUGAUCAGCGCCCCGUUAGGCGACUUCCGCCACACUAUGCACGUGGGCCGGGCGGGGGACGCCUUCGGGGACACCUCCUUCCUCAACAGCAAGGCCGGGGAGCUGGACGGCGAGUCUGUGGACGAGCAGGCCCCGUCCUCCUCCUCGUCCUCCAAGCGCAGCCUCCUGUCCCGCAAGUUCCGGGCCAGCAAGCGGUCCCAGUCGGUGACCCGGGGCGACAGGGAGCAGCGAGACGUGCUGGGCUCCCUGCGGGACUCAGCCCUCUUCGUCAAGAACGCCAUGUCCCUGCCGCAGCUGAAUGAGAAGGAGGCCGCGGAGAAGGGCUCCAGCAAGCUGCCCAAGAGCCUGUCGUCCAGCCCCGUGAAGAAGGCCAGCGCGGAGGGCAGCCUGGAGGAGGCGGCGCCUCGGCGAAACGGGGCCGCCGGCCCGCACUCCCCAGACCCCCUCCUGGAGGAGCAGGCCUUCGGGGACCUGACGGAUCUGCCCGUGGUGCCCAAGGCCAGCUUUGGGCUGAAGCACGCCGAGUCCAUCAUGUCCUUCCACAUCGACCUGGGGCCCUCCAUGCUGGGCGACGUGCUCAGCGUCAUGGACAAGGGGGGCGAGUGGGAGCAGGAGGACGGCGGUUACCAUGGCGACGGGGACCCAGCCAGCAGCCUGGCCCCCGCGCCCAGAGCGGCCGGGCAGGAAGGCGAGGGGGGCCCGGACGCGCCCUCCCGCGCCCUGCAGGAUGAGGGCUGGGCCGCGGCCGCCCCCAGCCCCGGCUCGGCCCGCAGUGCGGGCAGCCACACCACGCGGGACAGCAGCUCGCUGUCCAGCUGCACAUCCGGCGUCCUGGAGGAGCGCAGCCCCGCCUUCCGGGGGCCGGACCGCGCCCCGGCCACUCUCCCUACACAGCCACCCGACCCCGAGUUCUCCUUUAUGGAUGAGGAGGAGGAGGACGAGAUCCGGGUGUGA